UCCGUCACUGCAGCAUAACCGAGUCAAAGAUCGUCUAUAGCGUAGCAAAUACUUUGCUCUAGCAUUUUAUGGACGGAGAGUCCUCUUGGUACUAAGAAAAAAUACCAAAGUGAGAACUUACGACAAAGGUUGGAGUGAAACUAAGGCAAGAUGUCUCCGUUUUUAAAGUCAUUUUUGUCAGGCAGAAGAGUUUUUGGCGCUUAUUUACGGUAUCAUUCUUCUCUAACUGCUGAACUGAUUGAAAACAUGGAUAAGAAAGCAACCUGGGACCGCUUCUACACCGAGACCAGCAGCGGGAAAGCCCCCUUCAAAAACUUUGAGUGGUUUUUUGGUUUCGAUUCUGUCCGAGACUUCAUCAUGCCCCUCUUGCAAACUAUGUCUCGCCCAGACGCUGCGCUCCACGUGGUGGAUAUGGGCUGUGGGACAUCAGCACUGGGACCCUCUAUCUACAGGCACUCUCCUGUCUCCGUUCAUGUCACUUGUGCUGACAUUUCCCCCAUAGCUGUGAAACUAAUGCAGGAACACAUUCAAGCCAAAGCCAUUCAACCUCACAGCUGUUCUUCUCAAAUUGAGUUCGUAGAGCUGGACUGCACACAGCUUGAUAAACGCUUCAGUCCUAGUACUGUGGACCUUAUAAUUGACAAGGGGACCACUGAUGCCUUGUUAAGGUCCAGGGAGGGGAAGCAGAAUGCCAGCCUGGUCUUGAAGCAGUGUUUAAGGGUGUUGCGGAGUUCAGGGUCCUUGCUCCAGUUUUCUGAUGAGGACCCUGACUCCAGGCUUAUUUGGCUGGAGACGGCUGCACAGGAUCCGGGAGUGAUGACAGCAGAUGUUGGGGUGCAGGAGGUUGGGGAGCUAAGGGGGAUCCAUUACUACUGCUACCAGGUGACCCCUCACCCUGUUCUAUAGCUGUAACUUUUUACUCCAGUAAAUAAAUAAAAUAAUACAACACAACUGUCAUUAAUAUCAUCUUUCUUCUCAUAAGACAUAAGUAGAAAUAUUCCGUGGUGUAGAAUAACUUUAACUCAUAUAGCACAUAUAUUGUAUUAUAGUGUGUAUGAGUAAACUAUGUAUAGAAUCAUCUCUGAACUGUAAAUCUGUGUCUCAUGUUUGAGUUGCAUAGAUUUGUCUCUCUCUUUCAUUACUUGUCACACACUGCCAUCUAGUGGCCAGCAGGCACCCAGCAUCCAGGAUUUCAAAUCCCAUCCAGCAGAACACAACACUGUAAUACAAUGUGCAAAUAUACUUUGCACACACAUGCCUCUUUUAGAGAAAUAUUUAAAGACAUGCAGCUCAGUAGAGUAGAAACAUUUCCAGGCCUGGAGACAGCAAUUUUAGGUACACGUUAGUAAUGUUUGAUGUGCAGUAGAUUUGGGAGAUCAUAUUAUGGAAGUACUGAACUUCCAUAUACAGGGAGAUAAGUAGGCAAAGCUGUUGUGGUGUUGUGGCAGUGUGUUUUCCAGGUCGCGACCACAACACUCAUUUCCUCUUUGUAAACAUAAGAGUAGCUCUAGGUACAAAGUACCAAAGUUAGAGUGCGCUACAAUAGGGAAGAAAGAAAAGGGAAGAAAAAACAUCAGCUAGACACAUUAAUGGUAUCCAAUCAAAUUAAUAUUUUUUGGCAGUGUUGGAUCUCCUGCGUUCAGAUAGUAUUUCUGAUUUAUUAAUUCAUGUUACUCAGAUUUAUUUAUGAAAAAUAUCGAAAUACCUGGCAGCUUUACAUAAUACAUCACAAAUGUCAUCCAGUCAUCUAUUAUCUUCCACUUUUCCAAUUCUACCUUUUUGGGGGGGUGGGGGGGUGGAAAAGGCAUCUCUCUAGCACAAAGACAGCCGCUCACACCUAUGGGCAAUUUAAAAGACAAACAAAAAACAAAGAGAAAAAACAACCUAACCCCACUGACCUGCAUGUCUCUGCGGGAAGAAGCCUGAGUACUCACACACAGAGAGAAACGCCACACAGAAAUGAUGAUGAGGGAUGCUUGUUGGGAGGUAACAGUGUGCCUAAAUUGCAAAUGCAUUAUGCAUUUCAACCUGUCAGGCAGUAGUCCCAUGCAUUUUCAAAUCCUCCACCAUCAUACCAGUCUCCAAAAGACCGGACAUGUCCACCCUAAAUGACUUCAGGCCAGUGGCACUCACACCAAUUGCCAUGAAAUGCCUCGAAAAACUGGUUCUCACACACAUCAACCACAUGGCCCCAGACACUGCCGAUCGCCUCCAGUUUGCCUACCCCCCAGUCGAUCAGUGGAUGACGCGGUAGCAAUACCCUUACACCAUGCUCUGCAACAUCUGGAAAGUAGCAGAAUGUAUGCCAGGAUGCUUUUCCUGGUCUACGGUUCUGCUUUCAACACCAGCUGAUCAAGAAGCUCACAGACCUCGGCAUCCCAACUCCCAUCUACAACUGGAUUCUGGAAUUCCUGACAGAUAGACCACCGGUGGUGAGAAUGGGAAGACGGGUGUCUGCUGAACUCACAGUCAGCACAAGAUUCCUACAGAGCUGUUUCCUCAGGCCCAAACUCUUCACCCUGUACACUUAUGACCGUGUCUCCACCCAGGAUAACAGCCAUAGACUCCUGGGAUUGCAGUUCACAACAGACCUGAGGUGGACUCUUAACACCACGGCCACAGUGAAAAAAGCCCAGCAAAGGCUUUAUCUCAUUAGGCUGCUCAGGAAAGCCGGCCUGAACCAUUGCCCUCUCACCCAGGCCCACAGAGGACUAAUAGAGAGCAUCCUCUCCGCAGGCAUGGGAACACCACACAGGCAGAGACGAAGGCUCUGCAAAGAAUCAUGAAGACUGUGGAGAGGCUCAUAGGGACAAAACUUCCAUCCAUGGACUCUAUACACACAGCGCUGCAGGAAAAGAGCAGAGGGAAUUAUCACAAACUCACUCCAUCCAGCUCACUCUAUGCUCAGACACAGGAGCUGCACAUACAACCUAAGACACAGCAGAGCAGACAGCAUCAUCACUCACAGAACAAAGUUUAUCAAUAGCUUCUUCCCCACCACAGUCAGACUGAUGGAAAACAAAAACCACUGAACAAUGUGCAAUAAUAACCCCAAACUAUCUCACCAGGAAUGUGCAUAUGCUAACCGUGCAAUAUCUGCAAUAUAAUUAGACUUAUGUAUAUACUGCCACCCCUCUUGUAAAGGGGGUCUGAUUUAUAAUUUACAAUAUUAGUAUUGUAUUGUCUUGUUUAGUCAUCUUUACUAUGACUGAGAGAGCUCUGCACAAGAAUCGCAGAUGCCUUGACUGCUGGUUUAUGCACAAAUAGCAAAUAAGGGUUAGCCCUUAACCCUUGAAAAAUAUAAGACUGAAAAUAUCAGACUAAACUACACCACUACUUCCCUUAUUGCAAUCAUAUGUGGCUACAUUUGCACCCAAACUCUUUUUGCAUGAAUCCAACAUCUAGUAAACAUGCUAGAAAACCUCUGUGUGUCUUUAGCUUUAAAAUGCACUUCACUACUAACAAAACUGUCUGACACUGUGUGAAUUUUACACAUGACAAAACUCUUUUCUGUGUUAAUGUAAUGUAAUGUAAUGUGUAAUCUUUAGAGAGACUUUCAACCUCGUAAUUCAAUAGAUUUAUUUCUGCAUUUGUCCAGUUUUGUUGUGAAAGGUGUGAGGUUAAAAUAUUCAUUUGAAGUCUUCUUAAAGUGGGAUUUUUGACAAAAUGCUUCUUCAGCUUCAGGAUCUUCUUUGGUGGGAUACUCCUGAACUUUGUCCAACAUGCCACCCCCUGGGACAUACCAGUGGCUUUUAGUCUUUGCGUUGUUAGUCUGUGAGUAUUGAUUAUUGCCACAUUCCUACUGCAGUUUGUACAGAUCAGUGAAAAAAGUAUCAGGAAUAAAGUAUCAGGCUCGACUUUUCUGAAUUUGUUUUUAUUUUCUUAUGACAUAAACAUUCAAAAACUAAUUUAACUGAUAAACUAUUAUUUGAAAAGAUUAAAAAAGAGAAACAGCAUGAUUAAAAAUAGAUUUUAGAGGAAACGCUGCUCAAUCUGAUGACUGUAAAAGAUGUAAGAAAAUACUCUGAUUAAAUAUUAGCAUGAAUUUUAACCAAAUGAAGCUUGUUUAUGAAUGGCAGCAAUGCAGUUCAGUGAAUCAUCAUCAUCAUUGUCACCACCAUUUGUAAAAUCA